AUGCCAGCUCCCGACAUUCCAGAAGUUGCGCGCACAGAGACCGAACCCCUCACUAGACUCCCCUUUGAACCUAUCACCAAGUCUCACAUUUUAAACUGCUCUUAUGAUAAGUGGCAUGCAGAAUAUCGGUCCUCAACUCUCAAAUCUCGAAUCAUCCCCCUCACUCCAGAAUUCCUUUCAUACCUGCGGGAAGAUGGCAUAGUUCUUCCAUCCGAGAUCGCUACAUUCCCUCCACCAGAAACUUACAAUAACAACUCAACUAGCGAUGGUUGGGAUGAAGAUACAGAUACAGAAUCGGAUCCCUCGGAGAAGUUCUCGGAAAUUCACAAACAAAUACAAGAAACAAUCACUGAGCUUGGCGGAUCAGUAGUUCCCAAACUCAAUUGGUCUGCCCCAAAGGAUGCAACAUGGAUCAGUUUAAAGCAGAACAGUAUGGAGUGCAAUACAGCAAACGAUGUUUACCUCCUUCUCAAAUCUUCCGACUUCAUUACCCACGAUUUAGAACACGCCUUUGAUGGUUGUGCCGAAGAUCCUUCCCUCACAAAAGAAAACAUACAAUAUGUUCUAGUUCUACGGAAAUGGUUUAAAGUAAAUCCAUCUUGUGAGUUUCGAUGUUUUGUACGGGAUCGAAGGAUUAUUGGCAUAUGUCAAAGAGAUCUGAACUAUUUUGAUUUCUUAUUUCCUCUCAUCCCAACAUUAAGAGAAGCAAUCCAAGAAUACUUUGACAGAACUCUCAAAGAUAGCUUUCCAGAUCGCAAUUUCUCAUUUGAUGUUUAUAUACCAGAACCAUUUGACAAAGUACGGUUAGUGGAUAUAAAUCCAUGGGCUCCUCGGACAGAUCCUCUUUUGUUCUCCUGGCUAGAACUACUCACCCUUUCCGUACCUCCACCAUUACUUGGUGUCGCAGACUCAUCAUCAGUGCCGCCAUUGCCUGUUCAAAGUAGUGACGAAGAUGACGGAGCAGAUGAUGUCGAGGAACUUGGAUGGAUGCCCGAAUUCAGAUUAAUAAAGAAAGAUGACCCGGAAGCAUACAGCUUUUCAAGUCCGCAGUAUAGUGCACACAAGAUGCCACAAGAAGUGGUAGAAGCAGGUGCAAGCGGAGAAGGUGGCAUGAGAGAAUUUGCGGAUAAUUGGCAGCGGAUGUUGAGCGGGGAGCUAGAAAUGAUGAGAGCCGGAGAAGAUAGUAGUGAUGAUGAAGAUGAGGUGGAGGCAAUUGUUACCUGA